AUGCCCGUUGCCACUUCUUCGCGUCGUAAGCCCACUUCACGCAGGCUAAACUCUGAAGAUAUUGAAGACGUCCGAAAUACUCAAGCUUCCCGGAAAACUGAUGACGUUAGCGACGCUGAAGAUCGUCCAAGAACCGGAAAGAAAGUUUCAGUCAAAAGGGAAAAAGAUCUCCGGCGACGAUCCAAUGGAAAACAAAGAGCAGACCCUGAAGCUGAGGAUGAGAAUGAUGAGGAUGAGGACGACCGUAUAGACGUGGAGAAUUUCCCAGACCAGCCAUUGCGUAGAGACGAUUUACAAAAGCUUCAAGGUCUUUCAAAGGAAUGGAUAACCAUGAGAGAUAGAGUAAGUAAAAGAAGUGAAUUAUACGAAGAAGUAGCAGCGGCUAUGGUGGGUGCAGGAGAGAAAGAUGUAGCUUCAUCAAAGGAGUUGCAAAAGUUGGACAACGGUGUGAAAGAAUUUAUGGAUGUAGUGGCUGAAAUGAACUGCUAUGCCCAAUCUUUGGAUGCCCUAUAUCAAAAAGCCAUGUCAGGGACAGAAAUCAGAAAUGCUCUUAGUCAGUACAAAGCUGGUGUUGAGGAACGUAAGGAUGAGUAUGCCAGCAAAACAACGCGACAAAAAUACUUGAAUAAAGUUACACCAACUAUGUAUUCCGACUUCCACUUAGCAAUCUGGAAUGCAAAUAAUCCCGACAACCCCAUGCCCCCACUAACAGAAAUGAUACCCAAAGAGGAUGGUGAUGAUUCAGGUUCCGAUGACGACGUUGAAAUGGGCGGAGUCACUCAAAACUACAACUGUCCUAUAACAUUGACUCUACUAGAAAACCCUUGCACCUCACGCAUAUGUGGUCAUAGCUUCUCUGCAUCCUCUAUAAAAGACCAUUUCAGAUCUGGCCCUUCAACAAAGAAAUGUCCGGCAGCGGGAUGUAAUCAAACGUUCAAAUUAGAUGACUGUCAACCUAACAAAAAGCUCGCCAAGGCAGUAGAGACCUACAAACGACUGAAAAAAGUGAAUGAACGAGUUGAUGACGCGGAAGAAGUUGUCGACUGA